GGGAGUAAGAAAGACGACGGACCAUUUCGUUUUCAACUGAUACCAUACUCGCCAGAUCCAGACUCGGCUCCAGUAUUUUAAGGACCUAUUAAAGUCUGGGACGCCAUUGGUUGGUCACAUUAUUACACUCACUUCGAUAUCAUGUGACACCACAAAGAAAUGACGUCACAGUAGUAACCGAUCACCAUCAAGGUGAAAACAAAAAAUAGUGUUUGAAAAAUAACCAAAAAAACUAAACAAACCCCCAAACAAACAACACCCCAAAAUUCCCCACCUCCCACAGACCACAACAAGCAAGUUUUCAAGAACUCAGAAUGGGAAAUGCAGAAAGCGAUCACCACGAAGAGGACUCAGCGUUAAGUGCGGUACACGUCAAGGCGUAUCUCGAGGCUCAUCCCACGUUUCUGUACAACCUGGUUCAAAACCGCCAGCCUAGCCCGGGAUUAAUACACGUCCCGCGGUCCCACUUGCACGAAAAGCGAACCCAAUCGCCUGUGUCAAAACAAAUUGAUAUCUGCACGAAAGAAUGCAGCGAUGUAAAUUUGCACCAUCUCGUCUACAAUGAAGUGAAAAUCUUCGCAAAGUCGCAACUAGCGGAUUGGGUCUCUUUCUACGUGCCGACCGCAGAUAGCAAGGAUCUCGAGCUAAUGGAGUACGUGGAAGACGAAUCCACAGUGCCACGCUUUUGCGUGCAAGAAGGAACGACCGUGAGCGCUGAAGCGGCUCUACGCCGCACAACACUGUUGGUAAGGAACUUGCCCCAGGAAACGAAGUACGCGAACGGCGUUGGCCACCCGGAAAGAGACGUGCGCAGCGUGAUGGCGGCGGCUCUGCACCUUCCGUCGGGCGAGUUUCUUGGGGUGAUAGAACUGUGUAGGGAUGGGACAAAGGAUCCAUUUGGAGAAGAUGAUAUGCACCUGUGCAAUUCCUACUUCGGUUGGCUGAUUAUCGCGCUGCACCAAGCGACGACUACACAACUGCUUCAACUUCAGGUGAAAUUGAACAAAUUUCUCUUGGAAUCCUCGAAGAAACUUUUCGACGACAAGAUCAGCAUCGACAGCCUCGUGGAGAACAUCCUGCAGUUCACAAAGACGCAGGUGAACGCCGACAGGUGCGCGAUGUUUCUGGCAGACGAAGAGCGCAAGCAGUUGUAUGCUCACUACUUUGACGAUGGAUCCAUGGAAAACGAGAGGUCCGUGUUCACUAAAAAGCAGCACAUUCGCUUUCCCUUUCACAAAGGGAUCGCCGGUCACGUGUACCAAACUGGCGAACCCGUGAACAUCGCGGAUGCCUACACGGACGAGCGAUUCAAUCCGGAAGUGGACAAACAAACGGGCUAUCGCACUAAAAGUAUUCUGUGUAUGCCGAUCAUUAACAAGUCUCGAGUGGUGGGUGUCCUUCAGAUGGUCAACAGUCUUUCUAGCGACCACUUCACAAAUGCCGACGAGAACGCUUUCAAGACGUACGCAGUGUACUGUGCCCUGGCGCUGCACUGUUCCAAGUUGUACGACCAAAUCAACCAGUCGGACGCACAGGUGGAAGUUACCCGAGAACUCAUGCAGUAUCAUAUCGCCUCUCCCGAAGACGAGGCCAAAACGCUCCAGGCAACUAUUCCCCUGAAAGAGGUACCGGAAGAAGUCCAUAUCUUCGACUUCAACGCUUACGCUUUCGCCGACAAGCUGCCGCAGCUGUUCGUCUACAUGCUGCAGGAUCUGUUCGGGAAGCACGUGUUCGAGUUGGGUACACUGUGCAGGUUUGUGCUCACGGUGAAGAAGGUGUACCGGCCCGUGGCCUACCACAACUGGUUCCACGCCAUGCACGUGGCGCAGUCGCUGUACUGUAUGUCGAAGAAGAACCGCCACACGUUCAGCACCCACGAAUUGAUGGCUCUAGUGAUCGCAGGCGUCUGCCACGAUCUCGAUCAUCGAGGAUACAACAACACGUACUUCAAGGAGUUCAACCGCCCACUGGCCGUGCUGUACAGGUCGUCCGUGAUGGAGGAACACCACUACAAGAUGGCAACAACCAUCUUGCAACUGAAGGGACACAACAUCUUCUCGUUCCUGUCGAAAAACGACUACAAGACGAUGAUGCAGGAGAUGUACGACGCGAUCAUCGCAACGGAUCUCGCCAACUACUUCAUUAACCAGAGCGCCCUGCUGGAGAUUCUCGACAACGACGCGUUCGACAUCCAGAACAAGGAAUGCAGGAAGCUGUGCAAGGCGAUCAUGAUGACGGGGGCUGACCUCUGUGCGAUCGCCAAGCCACUGGACUCGCAGGAGGUGAUCAUAGAGGCCAUUUACACAGAGUUUUACAAGCAGGGCGACGAGGAGAAGCAGAAGGGCAUGCAGCCGGUCUGCAUGCUAGACAGGAACAACAAGAACCAGAUCCCGAAACAGGAAAUCGAUUUUAUCAAGUUCAUAUGCAAUCCUCUGUACACCACGUUAGAUAGGGUGAUCGUCGGGGUGAAGCCGUUGCUGGAAGGGACGCUGGCGAGUCUGGCACUGUGGCAGAAACUCAACGAGGAAGCGGAGAAGCCGAGCAAGUCUAUCUGGUUGUAGAAUUAAAAUGAUUGAAAUCGAA